AAUCAAUAUAUUCCAGUAAACAUGGCAAAACGCAGGUCAAGGAUAUUGAUCUGAGAAAGAUGAUACAAUAAUGUAUGCAAAGGCUACUACAUAGUACGCAUGGUGUCAGUAAUCCUCUUGGAUUAAUAGAGAAACAUUAAUAAAUAUACAUAAAGGUGAGAUCUGUCACAGAGGAAAUUUCAAGAGCACACAGGAAUGAUUCAAGUGACAUCAGCACGCCUGAGUAAUGGCCCCACCCAGUGGAGAGAUGUGGUAACGACAGGAAAGUUCCUGAAGACUCUGGAGCUCCUCCAGUGAGAAUAUAAAAGCUGGGACAGUCCCACUGCUGAGACAGAAAGCAACACACACUUUAACAAGAGGACUCGACACUGAACACACACUGAGGAUGCUGUGCUCUCAUGGACUCCACUCAGUCCUCUGGCCUGUACGCGUCCUGAAGCCAGAGGUCAGACCCCUGCUCCACCAGCAGGAUCUACUGCAGAGAAACCUACAGGAGCUCCGCAGCAGUCUGGAGCUGAUGGACAAACUUCAACACAAGAUCCAGGAGGAGACGGAGCCUUUCCAAACCAGCAUGGCCGUGCAGCUGGAGGAAGAGGGAGAGCACUUCGGCCUGACCCUGGACACUCGAGGCUUUUCCCCAGAGGAGCUGUCUGUCAGACAGGAGGGCAGGAAGCUGAGAGUCAGCGGGAAGACAGAGAAGAAGCAGGAGGACGGGAAAGGCUCCUACUCUUACAGACUCCAGGAGUUCAGACAGGAGAUUGAUCUGCCCCAAGGAUCCAACCCUGAAGCCGUCACCUGCUGCCUGGCUCCAGACGGGAAGCUCCACAUCCAGGCAGCCAAAGCUCCAUGUGUUCAGGAGGCUGAGAGAGAGCUGACUAUCAAGAGGAGCUCGGAGGAGGAGACACACACAGACGACAGCAGCACACAGGGCACACCUGGAAACAUGGACUCACCUGCAUGAUGUUGUUGAACUUGUAUAGAUUAACUUUCAGUAAAAUGAUUGAAUUAUAAUCAUAUAAGCUUUUGUAUACAUGAAAAUGUUUAACAGAUAGAUUAAAAAGUUGAUUCAUAUUCUCCACUUUCUUUUGUCUGAGUUGGUGACGA